AUGCCGACGCCGUCAUCAAACCAGCCACCAGAUGAACCACCGCAAAACAAUCCCCAGCAGUUUUCGACCUGCCCCGACGAGUUGCAGCAUCCGCCGCGUCAUGGCAGCCUGAACUCUCUUCCUGAUUUAGGUCCAGAUGAGCCAUCGCUGGGCAGUGUCGAUUUGGAACACCCGCGGACCAGGCUCAGGAAUCCUGCGAGGGCUGCCGACAACCAGACAUCUACGACACCAUCACUGAGGGCGGCUACCGUGUCGCCUGUACCUCAGUUCGACGACCCUGUUGUGCAAUCACCUGAACAACAUGAUUCGCAUCCUCCCAGCACAAUGAAGAGUCAGGAGCUGGGUCCAGAUGGCCCAAGCUCGCAGACUGCCACUACAAAAUCGGUCGAGUUGCCAGGCAAGCCGUCAAGAAUGUUUGAUAGAGGCGAGGGCGAAUCGGAGGACGAAGAGGUGGUAUGCACUCCAUUAUCCAUGGGCUCUGGCUAUUCAAGCAUUCGCGCAAUUCCACUGGCACCGUCUUCCUACUUGAGAUCAGGCAGCCGAUUUCAAGGGACGCAACAAUCGGAGCGCCAGGUGUACGAGGUUCAAGUGGAAAUAAAGCAUGUCGACAUGCGAGAGUCUUUCCUCUGCGGAUACCUCCGCAUCCAAGGACUGACUGAAGACCACCCCACGCUGACCACAUACUUUGAAGGUGAAAUCAUUGGGUCGAAAUACAGCUUCUUCACACAACACGAGGACUGGGGAGCAAAUAUGAAGAUUGAUCUCAGUCACUGGGGCAAGUUUAGCGCUUUCCGACCUUUCCAGAAACAUGCCCGUAAAGGGCCCAUCACCAUUCCCGACGUUACACAGAACGAGCACAUCUUCAUGCGAUGGAAGGAGCAUUUCCUGGUGCCUGAUCACAGAGUGCGUACCAUAACGGGAGCCAGUUUCGAAGGCUUCUACUAUAUUUGUUUCAACCAGCUGAAAGGAGAUGUCAGCGGGAUAUAUUUCCACUCAAAAAGUGAAAAAUUCCAGCAACUAGAAUUGAAGCAUGUUCCUAACCGAGGCUGUUUCAGCGCAAUGGAGUUUCGUUGA